UAAACAGGUCAGCACAUGACAGCCAACAAUGCUGCAAUAAUUUAACUGUAUUUAAGUAACUGCCUGUAUUUGAUCAAUAAAACAAGAAAAAUCAUACGAUUUUUUUUACAUCAGUGAGAUAUAAUCUGACACACUUUACAUUAGAGAGAUAAAUAUUUUAGUUAUAUUUGAUGAACUAUUUUUGAUGUAAGUGUUUUCCUGUAACACUUUCCCAAAUAUUUACUGCAAAGAGCGUGUGCUGGUGUGCCGCCGUUGGGUGGAGUAGGAGGAUAUUUGUUUUUCCGAGCGGUUCUCUGUUAAACAGCUGUAGAGAUCCGCUCGCCGCACACCUCCAGAAACCUGCUCCCGAGGAACACGCGGUGAGUCAGAUUCACAGAUCAACUCUGCCAUGAAACAUCUGACACAAAGUACUGUAAUGUAAAAAAGUUUUAUUAUAGUAAAAGUGUAGUUUGUGGUAUACUGACUAGCAUUUGUAUAACCGCAGUUUUACUGCAAAUACUAUGGUUAGUGUAGUAAAACAUGGUUCAUCUGUGAUCACCAUAAUUCAAUAUUAGUAAACCAUUUUUUUAAAGUGAGACCACGGUCAAUUUCUGUAAGUAAAUGUUUAAGUGCAACAUAUUAAUAUUUAAUUUGGAAGAAGGUUUUUGUGGUCUUAGAUAAAGUAAUUCUCUUUCUCUCUCAGUCUUUUGUGAGCUGGUGAGUUUCGGAGGGGAUCCAGACAGCGUCAGUGUGUGUGUGUGUGUGUGUGUGUGUGUGUGUCAUGAGUGUGUGGCCCCUGCUGCUGCUCUCUGUGCCGCUGUGUAUCUUCACACGGGCUCUGGAGAGAAUGGAGCUCCACACGGAUCAUGCACUCACCUGCGGACAGGGUAUCAUUCACUGUGAAGUAAAAUCAGGUGGCCCUACUUGCAUUCAGGAGGACAAGUAUGUGUAUGCGAGCGGUCUGGACGUCUACGUGGUGCUGUGCCGAACGCGGCAGAGCUGGAGCUUGUGUCUGAAAGUCCUGCUGAACGUCACGGUCACAGAUGCAGAUCAAGCCGGUGAUGGCAGUGGUAGAGAGGAGGCCGAGGAAGUACAUCGAGAAGACCUCGACAUCUCGACGACUGCCGUCUCUGUUCGUGUGUGUUACACGUACUCUUCACAGAGACACUCCAGCUUGCUCCGCUUCACAGUCCCUUCUUCAGCGCUUGAUGACAGGAACGCACUGCAGGUGUGGAUGUCUUUUGCGGUGAACAUACCGAAGGGGGAACUCGGCAACUCUGUCUUUGUGCAUUCUUCAUACAAAGUCCCCCAAAAACAUGUCCAUCUUCCUCCAAUAGAGGAGGUUUGUUCCAAGGGUUUGGAUGCCAUCUUCUGUGAAGUAGCUCCCGAGCUGCGCAAGAAGACUGACAAUGUGACAGGAGCCAUGAUACUGUACGUGGCCAAUGCAGAUCCAGAGAGAUUUCAGGAGUUUAACACGUGCCAGAAGCUGGGCAGGAACGGACCCUGUGUUGAGGUGGAAUGGAAAAAUGCCAGCCAAGAGUUUAAGAUUUCACUCAGCUCUGUCGCCCCCUGUCUGUGCUUUGAGAUUUGGGGACAGUUUCUCAGAAGAGAAUAUUGCCCAUUUCUGAACGACACCGCUAUCUCCGGCUCCAGUGUGUCCGUGUCUUUGGCAGAGAACACGACUCGUCACGAGCGUCCGGCUCUGGUCUGGAGUCUCAGCGCCCCCUGCAGGCUGGAGGCUCAGCUGUGGUUGUGUAGGAAGGGCUCAGGACUGGAGCGAAGCUGCCCUGCGGUCAGCGGCAGAUCUCAGGUCCUCACCCCGCUCAACGACAGCUGGAGAGAAACCCACCAUAGACACUGGUUAGAAGGAGAGUUUUUACAAGUGCAUCGUCAUCCUUCACUGUGUGUGCAGGUUAAAGUGGCAGGAAUGGACGGUUUCCUGGGACCAGUCUGUCCUUUUGAAGAGGAGAGGUCUCGCUGGAGCGUGCCGCUGGUUCUGUGUGCUCUGCUGGUGUUUCUGUCGGUGCUGGCAGCCUACGCGGUGCAGGGCACCCUGAAGAGCUGUGUGUUCAGAUGGCUGAAGGUGGACGACGUGAGCGGCUCGGGGGCCGUGGAGCUGCUGAUGGUGUGUCCUCCUGAUGCUGACGGCUCCGCGGCUGAUCCGGUGUGCCGUCUGUGCUCUGGUCUGAGCUCCGUGGGCUUCAGCGUCUCUCUGGACCUCUGGAGACACUCGGAGAUCAGCUCCCUGGGGCCCGUGCCCUGGCUGCACUCCUGCCUGGACCGGCUCCAGCGGCGCAGGGGCAAGGCGGUGCUGGUCCUGACCCCGGAGGCCUGCCAGCGGGCUGAGGACUGGGGCUGUCGGGUGGCCCAGCGGGAACCGGAAGAAGAGAGGAAGACUGGGGUGAACAGCGGGGUCCGGGCCCCGGCAUACUCGGUCUUCGACGCUUCUCUGAGCUGUAUUCUGGCCGACUACCUGCUGGGUCGAGCCGGAGAGCGCUUCAUCCUGGUCCGGUUCGACGGGCAGAGCCCCGAGACGGCUCUGCCGGAGUUCUUCAGGGAGAUGCCUCUGUUCAGCCUGCCCUCUCAGAGUCUGGACUUCGUCGUGGAGCUGAGGAGAGGGGCCGUUGAGGGCCAGAGUCUGUCAGAGCGCUGGCUGCGAGCCGCAGCGUCCAGAGCGGUGUCUCGCUCGCUCCGAGGGCCCCCUCAGGACUCUGGAGUCUGGGAAACUGUCCCGCUGCAGACGGACCGCUCGAGCCCUGCUAUCCACACCAAAACAAGGCCUGAGCGCUGGCUCUAGUCUCAGCCAGACCUCCGCUGCUCAGAGAAGAUAAAAAUAAUCCAUAAUAGGGUUUUUUCAGCACAUUUUAGUGAACUCUUCCAUUAAUGUGUCCUCGUGAAAUGAGGCUCAGUGAAAGUUCACAGCUGAGUGGAGUGAAAUCAAAGCCGUUCAUGUAGAUCUUGUGGAUUCAGCUCCUUCAGUGAUAAAACGCUGCUUGGUUUGAAAGAGUUCUGUGUGAACUUCAUAAAUCACUAGUGACAAUUGACAGCGGAGCAUUUUCACCCAUAAAAUCAUAUCUAAAAUGCUAAUGUGCCACAGACAGGAAGAUACUGUGUGACCCACAUGCACAUGCUGGAUGGUGUCCAUCUAAAAUAGGUUGCGUACAUGUUCUGCACAGUCUAGGAGGUGUUUUCAGGACUAAAUUAACCCAGUAUGACAUUGAUGUAAAAAUGUAUAUGACAUGUAAAGUUCUGCAGGAUGUACCAGAGCUUGUUUUACCUAACGAACCAGAACAGACCAGUCUUAAAGACGCACAGAAUGGCAGAUCUCCCAAAACACAUGAAAACGUCAGAGCUGUGAAAGGAGUCAAAGGCAGUAAUAAGCUGUGUCUCUCGUAUAAGAUGUAACUGAACUUUUGAGUCAAGUGUCCGGUUGCAUGAAUGAUUUGUCUUUUUUUUGUCAAUUUCUAUUUAUUGUUUAUUUUAAGUGUGCCUAUGCAGUAAAAAAAGUGUGAUAACUAG